AAAUCUAAAUCCCUCCAAGAUUGAACAAAGAAGACAUGCAUCCACUGCGAUCCCUCGGUGUCUUGUGGCUGCUGCCCGUGGCGUUGAUGCUCAAGGAGAACUGUGUCCCACGCAAAUCCGUGCCCUAUCAUAGCAACAAUGCCCUUCAGUUCGGAGAGCAGGGCGUUUCCAACUACUCCACCAUGCUGCUGAGAGAAGACCUGGAUCUGUUGGUGCUGGGUGCCAGGGAGGCGGUGUUCGCUCUCCAUCUCAGCAACAUCUCCAAUAAACAAGCCUCGGUUAAAUGGGAAGUUACUCCAACCCAAGUAAAAGAAUGUGAAAACAAAGGAAAGGAUCGAGAGACGGAGUGCAAGAACUACAUCAGAAUCCUGCAUAAGAUGAAGGAUGGCCGCAUGUUUGUGUGCGGAACUAAUGCUUUUGAUCCCGAAUGUGAUUACUUGCGAUAUAAGAAUGGAGAGCUGACUUUCGACAAGGCAGGAGAAGAUGGCAAAGGAAAGUGUCCGUUUGAUCCUUUCCAGAGAUAUGCCUCCAUCAUGGUUGAUGACGAUCUCUUCUCAGCCACCUCCAUGAACUUCCUGGGCUCUGAGCCCAUCCUAACACGCAGCUCUCCCGGGUACAUACGCACCGAGUUCAAGACCUCCUGGCUUCAAGAGCCCAACUUUGUUUCCAUGACUUGGAUGCCUGAGAGUGAGCAGAGCAAGGAGGGAGAUGAUGACAAGGUGUACCUCUUCUUCAGCGAGACAGCUGUGGAGUUCGACUGCUACAACAAACUGGUGGUCCCUCGUGUGGCUCGUGUGUGCAAGGGGGAUCUUGGAGGUCAGAGGACUUUGCAAAAAAAGUGGACAUCCUUCCUUAAGACCAGAAUAAACUGUCCGGUGCUGAACUCCAAGCUGCCGUACGUUAUCCAGGACUCGUACCUCUGGUGUGACUUCAAGCUGCCCUGGCAAAACUGUAUUAUCUUUGCCAUCUUCACUCCACAAUCGGACUUGUCAGAUCUGUCUGCAGUUUGUGCGUACAGCAUGUCUGACAUCAGCAAAGUGUUUUCAGAGGGGAACUACAAGACCCCAGUUCCUGUCGGAACCUCUUUUGUUAAGUGGGUGAUGUAUAGUGGAGAGGUCCCUGUCCCUCGGCCCGGAGCUUGUAUAAACAAUGAGGCUCGCAAGUUGGGAAUAACUCAAAGCCUGGAGCUCCCGGACCGGACCCUACAGUUUGUCAAAGAUAAGCCCCUCAUGGACCAGGCUGUCGAGCCCAUAGAAGGGGAACCUCUGCUGAUACGAAGGGGGGCUACAUUCACACGAAUCAUCGUCAACCAAGUGCAAGCUGCAGAUGGACAAAAGUACCACGUCAUGUUUAUAGCCACAGAGGAAGGAACGAUGCUGAAAGCUGUGAACUACGAUGGAGAGAUGUUCAUCAUAGAGGAAGUCCAGCUCUUCCAGCCUCCUCAGCCAAUCAAGAUCGUCAUAUUUUCCAAUGUCACGGGUCAGAUUUACGCAGGCUCAGACUCAGGAGCGGCUCAGAUACCGCUCGCCAGCUGUGAGAGGUCCUCAUCCUGUGUGGACUGUGUUUUAGCCAGAGAUCCAUACUGUGGCUGGGACACCACUGAUGAGAAAUGUGUUCUCCUUUCCAGCUCACAAAGAGAGCUAAUCCAAAGUGUGACACAAGGAAAUGCUUCUCUUUGUCCUGUUGCUGACCCUGUUCAGCCUGUGAGUCUGUCCACCCGGCCAGGCGGUGAACUUAAGCUCAGCUGUCCGUCACCUUCUCACCUGACGAACGUUAGAUGGGAGCAGAACAACAAUGUCCUCACGUUCUCACCUCGUCAGCAGAUUUUGCCAGACGCACUGAUCAUUUUGAACGCUACAAUUAGCGAUUCCGGCCGCUACCGCUGUUUGUCUGUGGAGCGCUCCAAAGCUGGCGAAUUUAGCACCACUGUAGCUGAUUACCAGGUCAGCAUCGACCCAACAGACACCGGCAACAAGGGUCUGACUUCUGUUUCUCAGCCUCUGACCGACAGCUUAUCUAUUGCUGGACUGCAGGCUGCCGUUGCUCUCCUUGUUAUUAGUCUUACUGCCCUUUUAGCCUGGAACUUUUACAAAAAACACAUACCUCUGCCCUGGAAAUGUUGGACGGCACAGAACAGCAGCAGUGAUAACAACCACGUGGUGGAGGCGGGGCACUCAUUUAUUCAGAAGGGGGUUAUAACCUAACAUCUGUGCCGUGUAUGAAUGAUGAUUCAGACAGCUGAAAUACAGUGAUACUGUGCUGCACCGGCAUUAACAUGUUUGAAACUGUUGGAUUGAAUUCAUGGGUAAGUUUGUUUUUUCAAAAGGCAGAUUUCACAUUUAGUCAAUAUUUUCAGGCAUACUCGUUCUCUUAUGUUGGUCUUUCAGUGUUCCAAAGAGAGGAAACUGAUCUAAAAUGUUUGUUUAAUAAAGUAACCCAGCCUCUAAACUCUUUUUGUAAUGAGCAGAUAGAGUUCACUUUGUUUGUGAGGAGAGCAGUUUUUCUUCGUGCUGGAACAAGCUUUGACUGCUUUUUCAUGCUGUUGUGCAAGCUCUCUUCCUCUGAAGUCUUUCCACACGUUCUGAAUCACGUGUUGGGUGAGGGGCAGAUGUUCCAGCUCCUCUUCAGGUUGUCUGUUGGGGAUUUUUAGGUCCUUGCUCUGUCAAAACACUCCUGAUGACAUCUAGAACUCCUAAAAAUGAUAGCUACAGUAUAAUGGCAGUACAGUGGCGCAGUUAGACUUCUUCUCGUUUCUCAGGUCGC